CACAAACCAGAGAUAAAAAUAAGUGUGUUGCUGAUUCAUGAAGUUUGCAGAAGCGUCACACAAUGUGCAGUGAAACUCUAACAAAGCCACAAUGGCCACCAGAGCUCUAUGCUGCCUCGCCCUGCUCCUGAUCUGCCUCGCUGUUGUGAACUCAUGGAGACCUCCGCGACAAGAGGAUGGCAGAAGAAUUCCUGGCGCUUGUUCAGUCUGCAAACGCAUUGUGAAAUGGGUCCAAAGUCAACUCAGCAAAGACAGCUCAAAGGAGAAGAUCGAGAAUCUCCUGAACCGUGUGUGUCUCCGUAUUAAAAGUCGUCUGCUGCAGAAGGCCUGUAAGCUUGUGCUGAGGAAGCUAAAGAAAAAACUCAUCAACACCAUCACCAACAAGGUGUGCCCUCUGAGACUGUGUCGACAGCUUCGGCUGUGCAAGAAAACAUAUGUGAUGUGGCAAUAAAGAUGGUCCAGUAGAGGAUUCAUAAUAAGGAGCAACAAUAUACAGUGUGUAUGUUGCACAUCAGUUUGUGGAAUAUUUAGUCAAGCCAAAAAUGAGACCAUAUGUCUCUCUUUGAAAAAAUAACCUACAACGAGCAAAAUAAAUAAAUAAAUAAAAUAAAAACAU